GCGCGCUCAGUGCCUUUUUGAUAGUCGAAGAGAGAGUGGUUGUAUUCUAGACUAGUUCGGUUGGCAAAAAUCGGUAAUUAUGAUUCCAUCGAAAAUAGCUCUGUACACAACUCGCCGGUCACCGGUCGGUCGAGCCGUUGAAAUUACCGCCAAAAUGAUCGGUCUGGAGAUGGAUAUAAAAAUUGUGGACCUCGCGAACAAGGAACAUAUGACCCCUGAAUUCCUCAAGCUCAAUCCUCAACACACUGUCCCGACAAUUGUCGACAAUGGAGUGGCACUUUUCGAUAGCCAUGCAAUUAACGUCUAUCUGGUGUCGAAAUAUGCUAAAGAUGAUAGCUUGUACCCGAAAGAUUUGGUGAAACAAGCUCGCAUAAAUGCUAUGCUGCAUUUCGAUUCGGGGAUUCUUUUCGCGCGUCUACGCGGAAUUCUCUAUCCCAUCUUCUAUGGAGGAUCACCGGAAGUGCCGCAGGAAAAGCUAGACGCUAUUCAUGAGGGUUAUGGACUGUUGGAAGCUACACUUCGUUCGAACUUUUUGGUUGGUAACUCGCUCACGUUGGCCGAUAUCAGCUGCAGCACCUCGCUGGCGACCUCAUCCACAUUGUUUCCCGUUGACGGUGAAAAGUGUCCAAGGGUGUUGGAUUAUUUGAAACGCUUGGAAAGCACCAUUCCCGAUUAUCGAGAGUACAACACUGUCCGCGCAAACGAGGCUCUAGCUCAUUUGAAAUUGAAGCUUGAAGAGAACAAGAAGAAAUAAAUUUCGGCUUCAAUAUUAGAAAGCAUCUUUUAAAAAAAUAUGUAGACAGAGCGCUUAAUCCGGUCCAUACUUUUAUACAUUAUACUUCUUUUUAGACCUUUGCCAACUCUUUGGAUUCAAGACCGGCAGCAAAAGAAAUGAUGGGUUAGAUCCACGUACAUUUUAAAUGUUUGAAACAUGAAUGGUCCGAAGAUGCUGCCUUGUGGAGCAUCGGAAGUGAUAUUAAGAUAAUUUAUAUAUGUAUCAAAUACAGGAUGAGUUGUAGCAUUCGUUUUUUUUCUUUAAA